GCUCAGAUUUCUCCGUACCUAUAUUGGACUCCCAAACUCCCAAGGUAGACAUCAUUCUUCCUCCUCGACGUAAACCUCCAAUAAUGGACAACAGUACCAUCACCGAAUGCAUAGCACAUCCAACCGUUCAACAAGCCGUUCUUGACAGGUUUCUCGGCAACGCAACGGCCCAUCCGGCCAUUCAAGCGGCUAUUGCGAGGGAUGCAGGUGUGCAGACAGCGGUCUUGGAUAGUCCGAACGUGAAGGCGAGGAUGGCGGCGACGGUGGGUCAUUUUGCGGAUUAUGCCUCCUUGCAAUACGGCGGACCAGGGGUGAUGUUUGGUAUAAGUCUGGUCUUUGCCGUCACCGCCCUCAGCAUUUCCAUAUGGAGGCUUCUCUCCAAAGGAAAUAUCCGAGCUUACAUGCUCUUCGCCACGACCCUUCUGACAGGUGUGUGUGCCCUCCCACGGAAAGGAAAAGCGGUCCUCUCAGUACUGGAUUGCGGGACGGGAAUUUGGGGAAAGAACGUCGUUGCUUUGUGGCAUGUACCAGGAGGACAUUCAAAUCCUGACAAGGGUCUUCACGCCACUCAAUACUUCCUGGCCGGUUUCGUCCAACAGAGUGCAUCCGCCAAGCUAUGUCCUGGCGCGCCAGGUGGAAUACGUCAGGCUCCUGGUCAUCGUCCUUCAGAUAAGGAACGCGCUGCUUGUGGUGGCGGCCGCGUAUAGAACCACAUUCGAAAACAAGAUACGCCGCAGUCUACGCAACCCCAAAACACCGAAAAGCCGUCCUAAUCUCCCUUUCCGUGGCGGCCGUAGCGUCCAGCAGCGCCGCUCUAGCAUACGGUAUCGACGACAUUGGAACAGAUGUUCACGUCAGCAAAGGAUUCUGGUGGUUGGCGAUCGCUAACCCGAUGAUUUACAUCGUGGCGGGGUUGGGGACGUUCACGUACAUGCUGCGCGUGGCGCAAGACAGUGUUAGACCGUCUGCGUCUCCGUCGCAGCUGGCGCAUCUGGAGAUGGCGAAUAAUGCGUUGAUGGCGGUGUCUAUGUCGGCUUGUAUUUCGGCUAUCGUGGUGGGUU